AUGAAGCUCACCACAGCCCAAUUGCUCCUCGCCGGAGCUGUCGAGCUCUGCGCCGGUCUCCCUCACUACGACAGCCCUCAGCAGCGUCUCGCCAAGGGCCUUUCUCUCACAGGCAAAUACGCCAAGGACGAGCCCUACACGCCCGGACACAAGGACCCUCACGACCAUGCCAUUGACGCCAUUGGAAAGGGUCUUGAUCCUCGGCCGUGGCGCAACGGCGACGGCGCUACCGUCCUGGGUCCGUAUAAUCGCGAUCGGUCGCGGCAGAGCCCAGAUAUGAUUCGGCCGCCGAGUACGGAUCACGGAAACAUUGCCAACAUGCGCUGGAGCUAUACCGACUCGCAUGUGAGAAUUGAGGAAGGCGGAUGGACCAGACAGACCACCAUUCGUGAGCUGCCCACCAGCAUUGAGCUUGCUGGAGUGAAUAUGCGUCUUGACACGGGCGUCAUUCGCGAAUUGCACUGGCACAAGGAAGCUGAGUGGGCGUACGUGCUCGAAGGUGAAGUUCGUGUCACUGCGCUCGACUACGAGGGCGGCAACUUUAUCGACGACUUGAAGAAGGGUGAUUUAUGGUACUUCCCCAGCGGCGUGCCUCACUCUCUGCAGGGACUGGGAGAAAACGGCACAGAAUUCCUGCUCAUCUUUGAUGACGGCCGCUUCUCCGAGGAAUCUACCUUUAUCCUGACCGACUGGCUGGCACACACGCCCAAGUCCGUCAUCGCCAAAAACUUCCAACUCGACCCCGAAGUCUUCGCCCACCUCCCCGCCGGCGAGAAGUACAUCUUCCAGGGCUCUCACCCCGGCAGCAUCGACCAAGAGCGCCCAACCGGCAAACACGUCAAGAAGUCCAAGUACCAAUUCACGCACAAGAUGCUGGACCAAGAGCCCAAGCACACGUCCGGCGGCCUCGUGCGCGUCACCGACUCGACCAACUUCCCCAUCUCCAAGACCGUGGCCGCCGCGCACGUCAUCAUCGAGCCCGGAGCGCUGCGCGAGAUGCACUGGCACCCUACCGCCGACGAGUGGUCGUUCUUCAUCCGCGGCCGCGCCCGCGUCACCAUCUUCGCGGCCGAGGGCAACGCCCGAACGUUCGACUACGUCCCCGGCGAUGUGGGCAUCGUGCCCAAGAACAUGGGCCACUUUGUGGAGAACAUUGGCGACGAGCCCGUCGAGAUGCUCGAGGUGUUUCGGGCGGACAAGUUCAGGGACUUUUCGCUGUUUCAGUGGAUGGGCGAGACGCCGCAGCGCAUGGUGGUUGAUCACUUGUUUGCGGGGGAUGAGGAGAACGGGAAGAAGUUUUGGGAUCGGGUCAAGGAUGCGAAGAAGGAUGAGGUUAAGAAGGAUGGGGGUGAUGAUGCUGAUGUUGAGGGUGAGGGUGAGCUUUAG